AUAUGUUAAUGAUCUUAACAUAUAUAUAUAUAAUACCAAGCCUAAGAACACAUUCCAUAGCUAAAUAUAACUUCUUCAAUGGCGAGGAAGGAAGGUGUUCUCAUCUGCGUGCUGAUUGUAAUAAUGGACAUCGUUGCAGGCAUACUCGGAAUAGAAGCCCAAGUGGCUCAAAACAAGCAGAGCAAGCAUUUGCGGGUGUUCAUCUUCGAGUGCAAAGAGCCAGUGCCCGAAGCGUACAGGCUCGGACUUGCGGCCGCCAUUCUCCUGCUCUUUGCUCACGCCAUCGCCAACUCAUUCGGUGGCUGCGUCUGCAUCUUCUCCACUGAGGAGUUCAGCAGAUCGUCGACCAACAGGCAAACGGCUGCCGCUACGCUCUUGCUCUCCUGGAUAAUUGUGGUGGUUGGCUUCAUAAUGCUGAUCGCGGGGGCGAUGGCCAAUGCCAAGUCGAAGAGCUCUUGCGGUCUUCCUCAUCGCCAUUUGCUGUCCAUCGGCGGGAUUCUGUGCUUCGUUCAUGGGGUCUUCUGCGUUGCGUAUUAUUCAGCUGCGACGGUGGUGAAAAUGGAAGCAGGAAUGAAGAUGGCAAGGGACGUCGCGGCCCCAACGACGGCGGAGCGGGUCCAAGAGAUACAGCCGUAAUAAUAAGUACAACAUUGCCGCCAUUUUGGCGUUUCCGUGCUAGCUACGAAACGAUGCGAGCAUCUGUGUUCAAUUAGUGCUGAUUUUCUUGUUCUGCAUUUAAUUUGCAACGAUUUACAAAGCAUAAAGAUGUCCUAUAUGUAUGUUUUAGCUCGGGUUAAUUACAAAACGAUAUCUUACUGCUUUAA